AAAAUCUAGUAAAGUAGAGGUGGAAACUAUCGUGAAUCGAAUGGAAGACAUCAUUUUUUGAUGAGUAUAAUAUUUUAUUGUGAUGAUAACUAGAUUAUAAUCUUAUUUUAAUAUCUCAAAACAUUCCCUUUAAGUAUUAUUUUGUGACUGAUCUAAUUAUACGUUUUACAUAACAAAAUGAUGCAAUUCAUGCUGCUAUUCAGCCGUCAAGGCAAGUUGAGGCUUCAGAAGUGGUAUGUGGCGCACCCAGAUAAGCUGAAAAAGAAAAUCACACGAGAACUUAUCACGACUGUGCUUGCGAGGAAGCCUAAGAUGUGCUCGUUCCUCGAGUGGAAAGACGUCAAAGUCGUGUACAAAAGAUAUGCGUCAUUGUACUUCUGCUGUGCGAUGGAGCAAGAAGACAAUGAGCUGCUGACCCUGGAGCUCAUCCACAGAUACGUCGAGUUGCUGGACAAGUACUUUGGCAGUGUAUGUGAACUGGACAUAAUCUUCAACUUUGAGAAGGCCUACUUCAUUCUCGAUGAGUUGGUACUUGGCGGAGAGCUGCAGGAGACGAGCAAGAAGAAUGUGCUGAAAGCCAUCGCUGCACAGGACCUGUUGCAAGAGGACGAGACGGUGGACGCGGCGCUCCGGGAGGUGGGGCUCCUCUGAGGGCGGCUGGGAGCUCCGGACAAGAGAGAGACACCUGCAACUGACGCCGAUACUGCAGACUAAAGGAAUUGUUACACGAAAUUUACAUUCCAAAGUUUUUGUUUUCUAUACAAUGGGGACAUUUUCAUUUGAUGUUGAAAGUGAAUCAUUUGUUUGAUGAAAAUCGCCCUAAUGGGCGUAGUGAUUUUCUGCCCGCCUAAAACUUGAUUUACACCAAACUAGUAGCUUAUUUGCUUUAAUAUGGCUGUCCUAACAAUGGCCAUAGCCUCUUAUGGAAUUAAAUCGUGUGUAUUUUGAUCUCCCAGGUGAUUUGCCAGUAGAUGAUUUCAGGACACAAAAAUGUGGUAUUUGCUCACCCAGUUAAUAUCACCCAGGUGAUUAAAGAAGAAUAAAUCUGGAUAGCCAGAAUAGAAUGAGUAUUUGCUCGUUUGGUGUAAAUCACUCUUAAAAACUGUGAGAGCAGUUUGAUUGCAAAUAAUGAAUAUGUGCUAUUUACAAAUAACUUAAACUUAAAGGGAAUAAGAAAAAAAAGCAUAUUUCCAAAAAUUCUUCGCUGAAAAGUUACAUUACCUACCGUACUGAAAAAGCUCUCUUGUUUACGAGAUAUGGAAAAAACAUUAUUUUUUUUCAAUAAAAUCAAGGCGAUCAAUGGGGGUGGAAAACGUUAGUCUAAAAUUCAUACAAAUAUUAUUUGUAAGAUUUCCAUGUUUUCUUCACCAUUAAAGUGUACAGUACUGUGUUAUAAAUUAAGAUCACAAAGCAAAAGCUUUUAUAAAUAAGAUGGUAUCACAUUUUCUAAUAAGUAUGUUUAUCCAAGCUCUUCCAUUGAUAUACAGUCAUACGCAACUACCAAUCAGUCAUAAAACAAGCAGUAGAACUAGAUUGGUUUUGAGGAAAGGCAAAACAAUUGAUAUAUUUUUUAUAGAAUUAUAGCACUUAACUGACUGACACGUUAGUUUGGGUAUUUUAAAAAAGAUAAACUUUGUCUUCAUAUCGAAAUGUUAAUAGUAUUAUAAAAUAAUUUUAAAAUCAUAAUAAAUAUCUUUGCACUUUACAAUUAAAUAGUGAAUUUGUUCAUAUUUCAUAUUUAUUUUAAAAAUCAAUAAAAAAUAUGUCAGUGUAAAUAUACCUAAACAAAUGUGACAAAAAAAUAUUUGGAAUGUUCGCAUCAUUACAGUACCACCACGUUUAUAAGCAAUUUACAUUUACAAUUACAUCGGCAAUAUUCGACGACGCAGAAUAGCGCGUCCAACCGCCGAAUCAAACCGAAUACAAACUCAAUAAAAUAACGACCAUAUUACUAGGACAUAAGUCUUAAAAUCCAAAAAAAAUCAAUGAUGCGUGCGUACGACGCGACGGCGCGGACUUCAGACAUCAUGGCGCAUACGCGUCAGCCAAUAGCGGACAGCUCUGUUCGCGGGUAAACAAACAUGGCGCGCUCUGAUUAGCUAAAAUAUUUUCGCGCCGUACAAAAAUUAGACUUCUGCGCAGGUACAUCGGUGUAACUUAUAAAAGUGGUAGACCUGUACAUCUAAACUACUUUGGAGUCAUUCUAAAUGUGAUACCAAAAGUAAUAUGUGUAAAAAAACGUAUUUGCCCAGCAGUUACUAGAAAUUAUAUUCUAUCGUCUGCUGGAGAAAAUUAAAAUCUUAGAUAAGAAAAAUUAAUUUUCUAUUUAUGGACCAUUUUUUCUUAAUUAAUAAGAGUGAUUUGUUUUAUUAUUCGCGUUAUUGUUAUUAAGCCAACGAAUUAUUUUAAGAAAAUGCCGAAUUUAUAUUCCAUUGUUUUUUUAUUAUCAUUAUUAAAUAUUUUAAUUAGUUUAAUAAUUAUUAAGAAGAAUCGUUUUUUAUGUGAUUAAUAUAAUAUUUUAUUCCUUUAUUUAUUCCAUUUGUGGUACUAAACAUUUUCCAUAGUGCCAACUUACAGUUAAUCUGAACUAAAAUCAUAUUAUUAAUUAUUAACGAAAUAAAAAUAAUAUUUUGAAUUAGUUACAUAUUAAAGGCAAUUUGGCAAAAUAGACCAAAAGAGAUUAAAAACGGCAAAUUUUGUAACUAUUCUCAUCUUUUAAUGUAAUACGCUUUUGAUAGUAAUUAAAUAUUAUAUGAAAUAUUGUACUUGUUUAUUUACAUGUGCAAUAAUGUUCUUUAUGUUACUUAAUGUUCUUUAAUUUGAUUAUAUUUGUAUCAGAUUUUAUUCAUUGAUUUUAAUAAAUGUUAUAUGUUUUUAAAAUUUUUAUUUAAUACAUACACAUCCCGCCUGUUCAUUAAAAUUUAUAAUUUCAAAAUCUGGCAAUUCUAGUUAAAAUCACCCACACAAUCUGGCAAAAAUAUUCUUUUUUUUUUAACCAGAGGAUCAACAUUUUGAUAAUUGACCUAUUAU